CGGGAAUGUGCAAAAAACAGGGGUGUUUUAAAAAUAUUGAAAUUAUUUUAAGUGAAGUAUUUUAUGGUUGAAAUUGAUCAUAAAGAAUUAUAUUCAUAUUUUACCAUGGCAGGGCAUGGGAGCACUCUGUGAUUUCCACAAGCUAACGAGUAAUAGAUUGAAAUAGAAGCAACAUUAACCACUUGGGCUGCCUUGACAGGAUGUUAAGGUCUUGUUGAGUCUUAUCAAGGAUACAAUACUGUGGUCAACCAUCCACAAGCUGCUCUGUGAUACAGAUGGAAAGUUCAGGAUGAACUCCGCCACUUAGCAGUCAAAAGCUCCCUGUGCAAUAUGGAUAUAACAACCUUGCAAAGAGAAUUUCAUUUGUUCUGGCUGUUGAGUCGUUGAAUAUGAGCACCCAAAAUGACAGUUUUAACAUUAGCAAGGCUGAAUUGAGCUGUCAGCCACAAACAUUAGUUAUUCUGUUUGGCUUUUAUGGUGCACCACUAAAAGUCAUAAAGAACUACAGCAAUAUGUAUCAUUCAUAUGGGUAUGACGUUUUAAAUGUUAAAAGCAGUUUGAAGCAUUUUUCUUGGCCGAAGAAUUCUAAAGUUCUGGCAAAGUCGUUACUGCAGUACAUCAAGAGCAAUUGUCAGUCAUAUGGUGACAUUGUAGUACAUGCCUUUUCAAUGGGAGCCUACAAUUUCACUGUGCUUAUGGGUGAGAUGUAUGAUCAACCUAAAGCUUAUGGGGACAUUCAGAGCAGGAUAAGGGCUGUUGUGUAUGAUAGCUUGACUGUAGGAACACUAAAAAGUAUGGCUGUUGGAGUUGGAAUGGGGGCAUCUGAAAACGUUAUUGUCAGAAAAACAAUUCCAGCUUUGAUGAACUUGUACUUCUGGUUGACUCACUCACACACUGUCACCUUCUAUGACUAUUACAUCAGUUUGUUCAAGCAGAAGCCCCUGAAUGUGCCAACCCUGGUGUUUUCAUGCAAGAACGAUCCUAUAUCAGACUACCAAGUGGUUGAGAAGAUGGUGGAUAGUUGGGGACGCACGUUCAAUUUUCCAAUCACCCAUCGGCGCUGGGAGACAUCAAGACACGCGGCCCAUUACCAGGUGCACAAGGAGGAGUACACACAGUAUGUUGACAGGUUCCUAUUCACUGUUCCUGGUUUGACACGUCACAUGAAGGGAAAACGGACUUCCAUAGAGGAAGACAACUGCCAUUUGAGAAAGAAAAGGAGUUCAUGGGCGAUAUAUAUUACUGCACUGCAGUAUAGAAUCAAAUCAUCUACCAACUCCAUGUUAGUUGCUGUGGGCAUCAACAUUGAUACAGAUGUAAUUUUGGAAACUGUUCAAAAAUAAGAGUUACUCUAUCUUAACUAAUGCAGAAGUAAAAACCGUUCCAGUAUAGUGAAGGACUUGUUUACACUUUAGAUCUAGAUGCUAAAAUUUUUCUUGCAAGUUGCUGUGAUUAAAUAAAUAACAAACUUACACAUCAAUCCUAAAGAAGAAGAACCAUCAUCAUCGCUUGAACUUACCUUAAAUAAACGAAACAAGACAUCAGUUUAUUUGGCGCAUUAUUUCGACAAAAAUGGCGGGCGUUCGAAACUAUCUCCGCCAGUGAAGAGCGUUUCGUCUUAAAUGCGUAACCGUUAGAAUAUAGUUAUAUAGCUACGUUAGAAUAUGGCUAUAGCAUUUUGUAAAUAUUAUAUUUAACCGGUUAAACAACUAAUUAACCAGUGUUGACCACAGGUGCUCGUCACAUUGCCUGGAUACAGUAAUUUUAUAUAAAAUAAAAUAUUUUUUUUAUAUUUUUUUAUUUUUAAUUUUUUUUUUGACAACAUAGUGAAUAUAUGUCAUUUUAAAAAAUAUUCCACAUUUUUCAUGAAAAAAAGUUACUAAUAACUUGACAAAAUCUUGACAAAAAAUAAAUAAAAAAAUCUAUUAAAAAAAAAUAUAUAAAAAAUAUAAAUUACUGUAUCCAGGCAAUGUGACCAGCAAUCCAUGGCACCUUACAUGAUACAUAUGAUAUAUGUGGUGCUUUAAUUAAAAUAAAUUUAAUUUUAAUGUUCAUGUUAUUUUGAUAUGGAAUUUUCUUUACGUUUGUUAUUUUUUUAUUUAUAAUCUUUGGGUUAUAACUGGGCCAAAUGUGUUACACUAAAUGCACCAGCCAGUUGUAACCACAGCUACCUCAACUUCCUGCCUGUUGCUGAUGCAACUACUUUUUUUUGUACAAGUUUCCUUUCAAAGACAUAUGGCAGAUUUCACAAAAAAGGCAAUUAUUUGGCCCAUUUGCUUUCAUUUAUUGUUAUUGCAUGUCAACGUCAUAUAUACAGCAAUUGCCUUUCCCAACCCAAUAAGAACACCUAAUAGAAGUGAUUUGUAUUAAAAUAAUGAAAAUAUUGUGUUAAAUAAGGUAAAAAAAUGUAAAAAUAUGCCGAUAUUUAGGACAAAAAAGACAGAAAAUCUUCCCGGUACCAAUAUACCACUUUUUUGAGGAUGCUUUUCAGUAACAUCUGGUAAGUAUUUUAUUCUUGUCUGUUGAAUAAUGUUUGCAAGAAAUGUUAAUUAAAACAAUAAUAUAUCUAAAAUAAUUGCAUUUCGUUCGUAAUAUACUUAAAUUUUCGGUAAUUGCGCAUGGUGAUAACGUUACGGUAAUCUGUCCUCGAAUUGUUGUGUAACAUUAGCAGACAUGAUCCACUGCUAACUGUUUUAAGCCUAAACACACCUUUAUUAAAUCACUGAAAACAAAGACUACGUGUCGGAUAAAAACAGUAUUGCAUGUAACAAGAAAUUGGUCAUUCCCGAUCAUAAAGUUUUAUUAGGUCUAAAAAUGUGUUAUUGUUACUCAAAAUCGAUUCUGUCCCAUUUUAGCAUGACGAUAGCACCUUUUCUAUUCGUGAAUAAUUUACACCGACUGAGGGUUAACAUCCGGGUAGCGAUUACUUUUAUAUUGGACUGGUUCACAGUUGACAUUGAAAUGAUAAAAAUAGUGGUGAAUACCGUUGAUAAAAACUUAAUCCAAGUUUGGCUCAUUCUGUCCUUCGAUGUAACGUUAACAUUAUGUCACGCUAGCAUUAAGACAAGCGCUUAAUAAAGCAAGAAAAUCGUUGAAAUUUGAUGACUUUCCCAGAGUCAAUUAUUCGAACAUAAUAAUGUCGUCUGUAAACUAUCGUUUGUAAGUAUUCAUUCAUUAGGUACGUAGUUUAUAUUGAAUUCAUACCGCUUUUGUGUUUGAUAUCGUUAUUUAUUGGACAGAAUUAAGAAUUUUUGUGAUUAUCAAUUGACCGUGUUUAUCAAUCGUUUAUAUAGUUUGUUUUAUACUGUAUCAAGCUCAAACAGUCUGUGGUAGGUAGUGAUUGGAAUCGGCUGGAAAAACUAAAAUCGAUUAAUCGGACUUAAUCGGAAGACUAACCGAUUAGACAUCGAUUAUUAAUCGGUUGAGCCUUUCGGAUUCAAAAAUAUGUUUGUGAGCUUCUAGCGUAUGCAAAGAUUUAACCAUUUCCUCCACGGAAGCGCCAUUGAGCGCCUCUGUAACUGAUUGUUAUUGAAAAUAUUGUACGAAAUGAAGCAUUUAUUCCAUACAAGUGAACUCCAUUUCCUACUAUGAGUUCAAUGCAAAUCAAAUAUGUAUUUUUUCCUUUGCAUAGAUUUUCAAUAUUUUCAUCAGAGUUUGUCCUAAAGUAGCUUGUGGAGGAAAAGGUUAAUCCUUCACUUCACAAGCUGUUUUAAGACUAAUCCACAAGAGAAUAGUCUGGAGAAAAAUAUGAAAAUUUUUGCAAUAGAAAAAAUCAAAAGUUAAGUUGCAAACAUUGUAGUCCCAGAUCUGAAAACUCCUAGUCCAUAUUAUUUGACUUAUAAACAAGAAAUCUAAUUGUUAUGAUAAAAAGGAUUGUAAAUAGAACAAUAAAAUAUGAACAAACAUGAUGCUAGUCUUUGAAACUCUUUUUAAUGACAAACCUUAGAAAGGAAAUCUGAAUUUCCUUCACAGAAGCAACUUCAUGGGCCACUGACCACUGUUAUUGAUGGCUAUUAAAAACGUUGUAGAAAAAUGAGCAUUUGCUCUUACUAGCAAAUGCUCUAUUUUCUUCAAUGAUUUCAAUACAACUAAAAUAAAUAAAUAAUAAUAAAAAAAAUUGGCCUAGAUUGUGGGGAGAGGUUUCAUCAGAUUAUUUCCUUGUGGAUUUAUCUUUAAUUAGCUAAUUUAAUUAAUUAGCUUAUUUAACUUAUCCACGAGGAAAUAUUAUGAUGAAAAAAUACUAUUUUGAGACUAAUCAUCAAUGAAAGAAAUUAACUGAAUGGAUACAAAUCUAGGGAGAUUGAAAAAAUCAAUUUUGAAAGGUUUUGAAUGCAUUUUGUUGAACAAGGCAAUCAUCACAAAAUACUCAAUUUCCUUAAAUGUUUUCAAAAAUGAUGUUUUACCGAGGCACACAAAGUUGUUUGUAUGAGGGAAAGUUCAUAUAAGUUUUCCUGAAAUUGUCACCUCUGACCAAGUCCUUUUCAAGCCAAAAAGUGUAGAAGUACAAUUGUUUAGUCAUGUUUACCAGUACAAUUUUCUGUUCAUCUUAAGAAAGAUAAGCAUAUCAACUAGUUCAGGUUUCAUGCGGGCACGCUUCUUGCUCACAAUAUUUCCUGCAAGACUGAAUACGCGCUCGGAUGGAACCGAGCUAGCUGGAACUGCCAAAACAGACUUGGCAAUUUUUGCUAGCCUUGGGAACUGGAACUCAUUUUCUUUCCACCACUGUAGAAGAGUUAGUUUUGAAUCUGUGGCUCUUCUCUCAGAUAAGAGAUAUCUAUUCAGUUCCUCCUGUACCAAAUCCACUACUGGUACUGAAGAUUCACCCACUACAAUUACAUCACUUAACCAGUCCAUAUAAUCUGAACACAUGACUUUGGCCUUUUUUGAAGCCGGUUCAUCUUCGAUGGAAAGUUCUUGACCAUCAUUAUCUGGUACAGCGGGAACAUUCGGUAACU